AUGGCUACCACUUCCCUCUCAAUCGAGCCGAAAGCCGUCCCGACGCGCUCACCGUCCGAACUCAGCUCGGACGCCGACGACGAGAAGCUCUCGACUUCGACUCCCUCCGCGGUGAAGGGGACGACGACGGAUGUCGAGGCUGCGGAUGGGACGGGCAAACUCGCUCGGUUGACGGCGUACCUUGCCGGGAUCGGGAUCGAGACGAGGAGCUUGGAGCGGGUGCAGGAGGACCAGCGCGAGCAGCUGCCGUUCUUCUUCUGGUUCUCCGUCAACCUCUCCUUCUCAGCCCUCGGAACCGGCAUGCUCGGCGGCCUCUACUUCACGCUCGACUUCCGCACUUCAAUGGUCAUCAUCUGGCUCGGCACCGCUUUGGGCGUGUGCGUAUCGGCGACUAUGGCGCUUGUCGGGCCCAAGACUGGGUUGAGGACGAUGGCGGCUUCGAGGUUUGCCGGAGGAUGGCCCGGAACGGCAAUCUUCUCGCUUCUCAACGCCCUCACCCAACUCUGCUACGCCGUCACGACCGCCCUGUCCGGCGCACAAGCCCUCCGCGCAAUCAACCACUCGCUCUCCCUAAUCGUCGGAAUCGUAAUCCUCACCGUGAUCGUCAUGAUCCUCGCCGUCUGGGGCUACCAGUUCCUGCAUAUUUGGGAACGGUGGGCGUGGAUUGCCUGCUUCAUCAUCUACUGCAUCGUCCUCGGACUCGGCGCGCGCGGAGGCUACGACGUUACCUCCCGCACCGCUGACAUGGACAGCGGCCGCGCUUUGACAGGCGAUAUACUUUCAUAUCUCGGCAUCAUGUUUUCUGUGGGCGCCAGCUGGUGCUCCAUCGCGGCGGACUACAACAUGGCGCUCCCGGCGACGACUCCAGGAUGGGUGAUUUGGGGCUCGGCGUUCGUCGGGAUGUGGUUCCCUAUCGCCUUCACCUGCUCCGUCAGCGCGACAUUCAUGACGCUCACAAAGGCAUCGUACGUCACGGCGCUCGAGGAAGAGUCGCUCGGAGGCGUCGUCGGCGAGAUCCUCAUCCAAGGCGCCGGCGGGUUCGGCAAAUUCCUCCUCGUCCUCCUCGCGUUCUCGACCAUCAGCGCCAACAUCCCCAACUCGUACUCUGGCGCACUCUGCAUCCAGAGCUUGCACCCGGCACUCAUGAAGAUCCCGAGGGUGUUUUUCGUGAUCGUCUUCACCCUGAUCUAUAUGGUCGUCGCGAUUGUCGGACGCGAACACUUUUCCGAGAUCUUGUCCAACUUUUCAUCCAUCCUCGCCUACUACACCGCGUUCCUCUCCGCGAUCGUCUUCCUUGAGAUCUUCUACUUCCGCUCAUCGCGCGGCCCGCUCGGCACCUCGACCAACUGGGACGACGUGACGGACUACUCGAAGCUUCCGCCCGGGUACGCCUGCGUCGCGAGUAUCUGCGUCACGAUCCCGCCUGUCGUGAUGAGUAUGGCCGAGACGUGGUAUACUGGACCGAUUGCCAAGGCGGUGACGGAGCCGGCGUCGUCGUACGGUGGAGACCUUGGGUUCGAGAUGUCGGCGGUUGUGGCGACUGUCAGUUACUUUAUCUUCCGGUGGAUCGAGAUCAAGGUGUUCAAACGGUAG